UAGCAGACUACAGAGUAAUUCUAACAAUAUAUCUCAACUUCAUGGAGCUCUCCAAGAUUUUACUUUCAUUUUUUGCUCUUCAAUUCUUAAUUUUUCUAUCACCAAUCCAUGCAGCACCUGGAAAUUCCAAUAUUUUCAGGGAAUACAUUGGAGCAGAGUUCAAGAAUGUCAAGUUCACUGAUGUUCCCAUUCACUCUGGUGUCGAAUUUCACUUCAUUCUCUCUUUUGCCAUUGAUUACACCACUUCUUCUUCUGCAUCUCCCACAAACGGUCAAUUCAACAUUUUCUGGGACACAGAUAACCUCACCCCUUCUUCUGUUUCCGCGAUUAAAAACCAACAUUCGAAUGUCAAAGUAGCAUUGAGCUUAGGAGGUGACAGUGUUGGAGGAACCAGUGCGUAUUUCAACCCUACUUCGGUCGAUUCUUGGGUUUCAAAUGCUGUCUCUUCUCUUACAAAUAUAAUUAAGCAAUACAAUUUGGAUGGCAUCGAUAUCGACUAUGAACAUUUUCAAGCUGACCCUGAUACCUUUACAGAGUGCAUUGGGAAACUAAUUACAACUCUCAAGAACAACGGAGUUAUUUCAUUCGCUUCCAUAGCUCCGUUUGAUGAUGAUGAAGUUCAGAGUCAUUACAAGGCGCUAUGGAAAAGCUAUGGUCACCUUAUAGACUAUGUCAACUUCCAAUUUUACGCGUACGAUGAGGGGACCACUGUGUCUCAAUUCAUGGACUAUUUUUCUACUCAGAGAUCCAAUUAUGAAGGGGGAAGGAUCUUGGCUAGCUUUAGCACUGAUGGAAGUGGAGGAUUAUCUCCAGAAAAUGGAUUUUUCACAGCUUGUAGUAAGCUUAAAAGUAAAGGAGAGUUGGGUGGAAUAUUUGUGUGGAGUGCUGAUGAUUCAAAAUCAAAUGGUUUCAAAUAUGAGAAGCAAUCACAAGCAUUACUGGCCAUACCCCACAAGUGAUUUCACAAUGUUGUAAUACAGUUGUAGUGAUACAAAUCCAAAGCUAUGCACCUCUUUGUACAAAAUUAUGAGGAUUUGAAUCAAUAUACUACUAGUGGGUUUAUGA